GGUGUCUGGCAGCGGGCAGUGUCAGCUCUCAGGAAUGUGCCCAUCCUUGUUUAGGAGAACACAGACGUUACACCGCAGCCUGGCAGCUCCUUAUCUCCUCCAGAGACGGCGCUAUCAGGACGUGUCCACACGGGGAGACCUGUAGGGACGGCUGCCGCACCGCUCAUACACACUGUGAGGGACAAGAAGUGGCAGCCGGCGCAGUCACCCCAGUAGGGGCUCGGCAGGCAAUAAGCCUUGGCUCCGCGCUCAGCCGCUCCUCCACUCGAGGUCCUGCAGCGCCGCAAAGAGGACGGCAACAGCAGCAGACACCUGCCGGGACGCGGGAGCGCGCAGCCCUACACCUGCGGCUCAUAUCCCGUACGGAGACGGGGCUGGGGGGACGUGGUACCCGGUCUGGUGCUGCUGUGUGACGGUGACAAAGCUCCCGGUGCAGCACUGCAGACAUCCCCAAAGUGUGCACUGAUACAUUGUGUAAGGUCAUUGAGUGAGGAGGGAGGGGGCGACACCUGGGAAAGUUUGGUGCGCCUCUCACGUCGUGCCCUGUCCGCACCGCCGGGGAAGUAAGUGGACGCGCCUGGUGUCGGGAGCGCGCGUAGGCAGGCAGUGCUGAGAGCGGGGAGAGCUGGAGAGUCAGUGUGAGGGAGCAGCGGCUGCGGGACGGAGCCUCCCCGUGUGUAUACGGCACCUGCCUCGUCUUCUCUAGGAUUUUUAGGAGUCUCCUGCCUGACACAGCCCGAGUGACGAGGACACCAGGACUGUGGGAUUGGGGACUGCGGAGUGUGAUCCCCCUGCCUGGGACGGCGCGAGCAUCCUCUACCCCUGGACACUAGUGCCACAGGUGCCACCCCGGCCGGCCCGGGCUACUCCUCUCCAUCAGCCUAUUGUUGUGGGAUCUAGGGUCAUGGCAGCGAGUACCCUCCUGACCGUGUGCGUGCUGUGUGCAGCCACCCUCCGGACAGGUUUUGGUUUACAUACGGUUAGUGCAAUUUAUGGAGAAACAAUUGAUAUACCUUGUGGUCGCAGUCAAGAAAAGCUUGAAGGUCUUCUGUUUGGAAAAUGGAAAUAUGAACAGCCAGAUGGAGUAGCUGUGUUUGUAGCUACUCGGUCAGCUGUGAAAAACAGAACCAGUUUUGAUGAUGUACCAGAGUACAAUGGACGCUUGGAUUUGUCAGAGAACUACACGUUGUCCAUCUCGAAUGCAAGAAUCACAGAUGAAAAGAGAUUUGUGUGUAUGCUCAUAACAGAAGAAAAUGUAUUUGAAGUGCAGACAGUAGUCAAAGUUUUCAAGCCACCUUCCAAACCUGAAAUAAUCAAUCAGCCAACAUUUAUGGAAACAGGAAAGCUAAACAUUGUUGGAGAUUGUGUUGCUAAAGACAGCUACCCAGAUGUCAACAUUACAUGGUAUAGAAAUAGUCAAGUACUUUUACCAGUUGAUGGAGUUGUUUCUAUAGAGUGGGCAAAAGAGAGAAAUUCAACAAGUGGCCUUUUUAACAUCCGUUCUUCACUGCAGUACAUGUCAACCAAAAAUGAUAUUGAUGCACAGUUUUCAUGUGCAGUGACUUACUUUAUGCCAAAUGGGGUGGCUGUGAUGGAGUCUGCUCCAGUUGUCUUUGAUAUCUAUUACCCUACAGAGAAGGUGACAAUACAUAUACAGUCCCCUAAAAAAACUAUAAAAGAAGGAGAUAACAUUACAUUGAAGUGUAUUGGAAACGGUAAUCCACCCCCACAGGAAUUUUUGUUUUACCUUCCAGGUCAAGAAGAAGGGAUACGUAGUUCAAGUGCCUACCUUAUAACUGACAUAAAAAGAAAUGCAACAGGGGAUUACAAAUGCUCAUUGUUAAACAAAGUUAUGAUUGCCUCAACCAUGGUAACUGUGCAUUACUUAGACUUGUCCUUGACACCUAGUGGAGAUAUUACCAAACAGAUUGGAGACAGUCUUUCCGUAUCUUGCAUUCCUAUUGCCAGUAAAAAUGUUUCAGUUACGUGGAUGAAAAACCAAAAAAUUCUCUCGCAGCCUGCUUUUACCAAUUUGCAGUAUCGAGAUUCUGGUGUUUAUGAGUGUGAGACUAGCUUAUUGGAAGUUGAUGGUCUAAGGAGAAAAAAAACACUAAGACUCACCGUAGAAGGAAAGCCGAGGAUCAAGCUAUCCAAAAAAACAAAUCCUGAUGGAAAGUCAAAAACUGUUAUGUAUGAAGUAGACGGCUUUCCAAAACCUGAAGUCCAGUGCGUCAGUUUGGGGAAUGGAUUAUACUUAAACAAGACUGAAGAAACCACAUUAGGUAAUGGCAAAUAUACUGCCAAAAUUAUAAUUUCCCCAGAAGAAAAUGUCACUAUAAUCUGCAGUGCUGAAAACAGACUGGGAAAAGAAUCUCAUUCUUUAAAUAUCUCUGCUAUCAGCAUCCCAGAGCCAGUAGAGCCUAAUGAUAGAAGUGAUGAAAGUAAUGAUCAUGCAAAACUCAUCGUGGGGAUUGUUGUUGGCCUGCUGCUUGCUGCACUUGUUGCCGGAUUAGCCUACUGGAUAUACAUUAAGAGAACAAGUCCCUCAUCGAAACAUGUAGGAAAAGAACUUGGUAACAAAGAAGAAAACAAGAAGCUAGAAGAAAAUAAUCAUAAAUCAGAAGCAUAAGAAAUCUAUAAAUAACACAAUACUCAAGGGAAACCAUGAUGAGCAGUUUGAAGCAUGAAUGUGGAUUGUACUUAAUGGAAUAUAUACAAUGGAACUGCAAAUGUUCAUGGUCAAAGUAUUAAACAUUUGUACCAAGUUGUCCCAGGAUUAUGAGGAAAAUUAUCUCUGAAAAGGAUCAAGAAAAACUGUUCUAACAGCCAUGAUGAUAGCUUACCAUGUUGUGUUCUGUUAUUUUUUUAUGUAAAUGUCUGCACUGAAAAUUUGUUUUGUUUGCCUUUUAUGUAAAUUUUUUUACGUAGCUAUUUUUAUACACUGUAAGGCUUUGUUCCGAGAGUUGCUGUCAAUCAGAUGUAUAGUGUAAUGUUAUUAUUUUUUAUGACACUGAUGCACAGGUACAUUUUUAAUUCUGAAUGCCAUCGGUAAAAAGUCACAUACUGAGGUUUAAAAGGACUCCCUGUGAAGUUGUAUUUUUAUCCCAACCCUAGCUGGUUGAGCAGUUACUGAACAAUCGGUAUGCUAGAACCUAGACAAUUUAUCCGGAUGACUUCAUGUGUACAGCCCUUAAGGACGCACAAACUAGUUGUCACCGCUCAUGGUAUAUUUUACCGAUAGCAUUACAGACUAUUGUUUUUCAUAUCUUUAUUUAAAAAAUGACUGGAAUCUUGAUUUUGGUUAUCCACUGCCUUAUGAACAGCAUUCUUCAAGAGAGAAACAUGAUUGCAAAACAUGUACCGCCACAGCUGUGCAUUGAAAAACUGCGUUUUAUUCACAUGAUUGAAGACUAAUUAUUGAAGGACCUACCUAACUUAUAAUUAAUGCUUUCUUUCACGCUUCUAUGUCAUUAUAAUUAGAAUUUUAAUUGAGUUUUUACAUCAUCCCCAAAUGGUUGUAAUAUUUCUAGGGUAAAUUGAGUGAUUGCCAUUGUCUUGUAGCCCGGCUUAAGCUUUAAACUCCACUAUUAAUUUCUGUAUCACGUGGUCUGUACAUCUCCAGCAGUGCUGCUUUUUGCACAUUCCUCAUAAUUAUUGUUUGUUGUAUAAACAUUUGGUCUGUAGUGACAAAGGUUCAGUUAAAAUUGUUACUAGCCAUAUUCAGAAUGAUAAAACGCAUACUUCAAAAGUAGCAAUUGUUACACUUCUAUGUUAAUCUUGGUUUCCAGUGUGUUAUCAAAUUAGAAUUGCUUCUGUGAAGACGGUAGCAUUGAGCCGCUUGCAAGCUCAUGACUGUUUAGUGGGUGUUCACAGACCUAUGGUGCUUGUUUUUGUGCAAGCACAGUCUGGUGCUCUACUUCUGUUGAGUGCAAGGAUCCAAUAGGGCUUAAGAUUUUCUCCACACUAGGGGAUGCAGCCAUGUGCAUCUUGUCCUAAAUAAGCAUACUCCAUUAGUAUAGUAAGCAUAGAUAGCCCCAACAGUCCACUUGCAGCUUUCAAUGCUUUGUUCUUUAGCCACUGUAAUUCUUGAGCUGCCUGCCUCGCAGUGCGUUGCAGGAGUGACUGGGUAAAUUUGCUUUAUUGUUUUGUUCUAUUAUCUAACUCUAAAGGUUAUGAACGCAGUCUUGUGUUAACCGGUACAUAAUUUAUCAUCCAAUAUACAAAAAAAUAAAAUGUCUGAGUAUUUUUUGUUACAUUUUAAAUUUGUAACUUUAUAAAAGAAAAAAUGUGGACUCUUCAAUGCGUGUAAACUUGGUAUUGUAAAUGGACGGCAACAAAUGCAUUGAAUAUCACAAGAUGUAUUUGAUCCUCUGUAAACCAGAAAUAUGUUUUCAGAGACUGUACAUAUAAAGUGUAUUUACUACAAGCUCAUGUGUGCAAGGGUCAGAGUUGGUUGAUUGUCACAGGUUAUUUGGAUUUUAAACAUACUUUUUCUUUUUCUUUUGUAAUUGUGUUUUUAUUUCUACCUUAUUAUAGUUCGUAUUUUUUUGUUUGAAAUUAACAAAAAGUUAAAAAGUUACGAUAUUUUGAGGUAAUAUAUUCUCAGAAGCACAUUUCUGGGCUAAAGUGAAAGAUAUAUAUGGCAUUUAGCGUAAAGUUAAAUUAUUUUAAUGUACAUUCUUUAUUGUGAUAUGUGUGCAAGUGUAAGCCUGAGUGUUUAAAAUAGAAUACUAUGCAUACUUUUUGACUACUACAGUGAGGAUAAGACAAAAUGAUCCUAGCAACAGUUAUUUAUUGCCCAACUGAAACAAAUAUGUAAAAUUGUGUUUGCAGGAUAAAACUUUUCUAUUAAAUAACUAUUACAAUUGUA